UCUUAGAAUUGCUCGAAAUAACUAUGACGUGAUUGUCACGUGAUCUCCUUUUUAUAUCACCUUGACGGAUGACUCAGGACCAUUCACCCGCUUCCAACGAGACGAACGAACCCUCGGUGCCGUAAACCACGAAGAAAUUCAACAGCAAAAAUAAGUAACCAAAAAGAACCCAAACAAUGUCUAAGAUAACGCUUUAUCAUUAUACUAAUGAGAGCAAUGCUCAAAGCAUUAAUAAGCAUAAAGUCAUUUAUGGAUCCACCGAUGAGACUCCAAAACAGCACCGACGUUUUGGAAAAGGAGUGUACUUCACAUCUAUCGACCCAUCCAAUGACCUUAGGUCCAUUUUACUUAACAACUUUGAUGAUGCUGGUCGUGUUAUCAAUAGUGGACGAUUGCGGGACAAGACAGAAUGGGUUAUUGAGGUGUCCAUCCCUAGAAAUGAAGUGGAGAAAGUGCCUGAAGACAACCGUGAUGUCUACGUGUACCGGGGACACGUUGAUCUAACUCUUUACAAGCAUCGAAUCUACCCGAACCCAAGACGUUAGUGAAAGAUUACCAUUAGGGUAAUCAAGAACGUCAAUAGUUCUUUCUGUGAAAUAUUCACAGAGUUCUUACCCAUGAUUUUUUUUAUUGUUAAUAUCAUACCCAUGUUUAGAUGCAUCUUUCAACAAACUACCUGCUGAUGCCUAAAUAUGAAAUAAAGUAUAAAAUUAAAUUGCAUUUUA